UCUAUCCGUUGGAGUGACGGAUGCUCAACGUCAUCACCCCCGCCCAACUGGUGGACACCCAAAAAAGCACCCAUUCCUCAUUCCUCACCCACUCACUCCACACUCCUCAUACCUCUCUCCAAACCUGCCAAGAGUGUGCGACCAAACACCGCCGCCUUUUUCAUUUCAAUCCCCCCGUCUGUACCCAGCUUUCCGAGUCGUGAAAUACAGUAGUCAUGGCUCCCCAUUCCAAACGGGACGGGGAGGGCACCUCUUCCUCGGACCCAACCACGCUGGGCGGAUUCGGUAUUCCUGCAGACACAUAUGGAAUCAAGGAAGGGGCACCAUCGGCGCCUUCGUCCUUCGAGCAGGCCAAGUCAAAGAACCCAGAGAGGAACCAUGGUGACAACUACGGUCUCGCCAAGGGUCGCCCUUCUCAAGUGAACAGGGAUGAGUUGCCUCAUUCAAAAAAGGUCAGAGGCACACUUGCGGCCCCCUCGGGACCCGAAGUGAACAAGACGAUGCUCGGCGACCCUGUGUCUCUAACGUCGGAGACGAGCAGUACGAAGAUGGACCCAGAUGUUGAAGAAGGCCUAGGCGGCGGGAAGAGCAAGUUGUAAUUACAAUCCAACGGCAGCCCACGUCGGACACCUGAUGUGGAAACAAUAUAAAUCAAUGCCUCGCAACCGCCCUCCCUACCAUCGCCUUGCCCACCUUAACUGGGCCCGUAACUCGCUCCGGCGAACAG